AUGUCAGUAUUUUCGCUGGACGUUUCCAGCAACAAUCCAGUCACUGUCAAAGACCUUGACCGGGCUUGCGAGAUUCUGGGAGUGACUAUUAAGGAUGCUGAGAAGGCCGAGUAUGUCAAUCUCUUGGCAGUCUACCAUGACUCUAUGGCGAAGUUGAUGGCGGCCGAGGACUAUACGCCAGAGGUUGACCAUGACCGCUUCGAGCGGAAGAACGUUCAUUUUCCAUCACCCGACGAGAACUCCCAUGGCGCAUGGGCCUGGAAAUGCGACAUUCGGGACAGCAAGCCCGACCCAUCAAGCCUGCUGUACGGAAAGACCGUUGCACUCAAAGACUGCAUUGCUGUUGGAGGUCUACCUCUGCUGUUGGGAACUAACUUUUUCUCCGAUUACACGCCGUCAAUUGAUGCCACCAUCGUUACUCGAAUGCUCAAGCACGGUGCUAUUAUUACGGGGAAAUCUGUCUGUGAGAACCUGUGCCACUCAGCGACCUCCCACACAGCCGCGACAGGCGUCGUGCACAAUCCGUACGCCCAAGGCUACGCAUCUGGCGGCUCCUCGUCAGGGUCAGCAGUUCUGGUCUCCCUUGGUCCAGACCUUGGGGGCUGUGACUACGCGAUCGGAGCAGAUCAGGGUGGCUCGAUACGAGUUCCCGCCGCUUGGUGCGGGAUUGUCGGCUUCAAACCAACAUUCGGUAUGGUGCCAUGGACGGGCGCUGGCAGCAAUGAGCCUACGAACGAUCAUAUGGGCCCGAUGACAAGGGAUGUCCUAAGUAAUGCGAGAUUACUAAAAGCCAUUGCUGGUACAGACUUCGUUGACGACCGCUCGUACGGCGCACCUGCUCCUGAACAGAUACCUGCAUAUCAUGAAAUCCUGCAACAAUACCCAGAUCCGAGAGAUCUGUCAGGGAUGCGCAUAGGCAUCCUCACUGAGGGGCUCAAUACACCGGCAUUGGAUCCGAGGGUGAAGACCACUUUUCUUGCGGCUGCCGACCGAUUCAAGAGUCUGGGCGCGACUGUUGAAGAGGUUUCCGUUCCCACACACAGCACCGCUGGUGCAGUCUGGACCGGCAUCUCCAAGCUGGGCGGUUAUUUGAAUAAAACUGGCGCUUUUGGUGGUCGGAGAGGCUAUCAACUCAACGAGCUCAACCAAAAACUCUGGCCGAUGACACAGGACAAGUGGAACAAUGCAAUUCCAUCAACCAAGAAUAUCUAUCUGAACGGGGUAUAUGCACAAGACUUGCAAAACUUCCCCGGCAUCCACGGGAAGGCAACGAAUCUGUCCCUCAAAGCUCGACAUGGCUACGAUGCCGUUCUUGGAGACUGGUCGGCGAUUUCAACGUUUGUGACUGAGGCGAACCUUGAGCGAUUGAAGCAGCAAAAGACUUUUGAUGUUUUGAUAACUCCUACGCUUCCAUUUUUGGCGAAAUCGCACCCUGAUUUGGGUGAUGCAGGUGUCACUGGAAACCCAAUACUGCAGCUUCAGAAACAGAUCGGUCUGACGGGAAAUACUGCGCCUUUCAAUCAAACUGGACAUCCUGCUCUUGCAAUGCCUAUCGGCAUGUUGGAUAUCGAAGAGGGGCCGCUCAAAGGCUCCGGCACUAAAUUGCCGGUCAGUCUACAAAUCAUUGGUAAGUGGUGGGACGAGGUGACCGUUUUGAAGGUCGCUUAUGCAUGGGAGACGGCUGCUGGGGGCCCGGACGCUUGGAAACAACUAUAG